AUGAUCUUACCCCGCAUUAUCCAGUCUACUCGUCUCCUGACUCAAUCUGUCACAACCAAUGUACAGUUGGUUUCCAAGUUGCCAAUGUCAUCAGCUGGUAUGAUCAUUGCUCGCACUCAUUUCACCGAUCGUCCUUCAAGAUUUGGUUCUGGAGAUCGUGAAGGUGGAAAAUUCUCGUCCGAUCGUGAAAGAUCUUCCCCUGAUCGUGGAGAUCGUCCUCCUCGCCGUGAUUAUGGCGAUCGUUCUUCUUCUUCAGGAUGGAGAUCCGAUGGUGGAGAUCGUGCUCCCCGUCGUGAUUAUGGCGAUCGUGAGUCCAGAGGAUCUUACUCUUCUUCUGAUCGUCCUCCUCGCCGUGACUUUGGUGACCGUAAUGACCGCGGUGAUCGUGGUGAUCGUGGUAGCCGUGAGCCCAGAGAAUACAGUGACCGUCCUCCUCGCCGUUCCUACGGUGACCGCCAGCCAAGAGAAUACAACGGUCGUCAGCCUAGAGCAUACGGAAGCGGCGGAGACCGUGCCCCUAGAAGAGAGGGUGGCAGUGAUGGCAGCAAGAACUUCCGUCCUGGAGACUGGGUUUGCACCAACUGCUCAUUCCACAACUUCUCGCGCCAAAAGACUUGCUUUGAAUGCUCCCAACCUCCCACAAACAGCCAGCGUGAGGUCAAGUUGGGCGAUUGGGUUUGCGGUGAGUGCAAUUUUUACAACUUUUCCCGUCAGACUAGCUGCAAAUCAUGCGACCAUACCAAGCCAGUAGGAACAUCAGUAUCAGCACCAGCACCAGCAUCAACACCAUCAUCAUCAUCAUCCGAAUAA